CCCUGCUUACCUCAAUCAUGAAUAUUUCCCAUUAUUUUAUAUCACUGUUUUCUAUGAAUGGAACAAGGAUGCUGAUUGGUAUCAAUUUAUUUCGGAUUCAAUUGGCCGAAUAAAAUUGACCUCCUUAAUUGAGUUAUAAUAGGUAAAGCACCCUAUUGUAUAGCACUAUGGAAAAACAGACAACGGAGUGAAUUACAACAAUGAUUCAUGCUAGUUAGAUCCACUGUUUCGAUAUUAUAUAUUGUGGUUUCUUUGAAUACGCCUACAAAAAUGAGAUCAACCGAAAAGCUAUUGUUAAUACUUCUAACCCUCUACCGGCUUUCGAUAUCAAGGGCAGAGUCGUAUGAAUGCGCGAUCGAAAGAUUUGGCUCAAAUGGGGAGGAAUAUUGUGUUUUCCACAACGUACACAUUUUCAAAAAUACGACGGAAAGUUCAUUCAGUUCACCACCGGGAAUUGAGAUACCGUCACGUGUGGCCUUUAAGAAUUCUUCUAUGGCGCAUCUUCCUGCGGAGUUCCUGCAGCAUUUCGGAAAGGAGUUAAAAGUCUUGAAGGUAGAACACUGCCAACUUCGUUCGAUUACAGUUACAAGUAAUAUGCAAGCUCUAUAUGCCAAAGAUAACUACAUCAGUAAAGUAAUCGUCCAUCAGAGUGGGCAAAGUCCUAUUCUAACCGAACUGGACCUUAGCGCAAACCGACUGGAAAGCAUUCAAAAUAUUACCCGAUGUCAGAAACUCCAGGUGCUCAAUUUGAGCAGUAACGAGAAGAUAGCAAAGGAAAGUGUUAUUGAUCUCUCGUCGUACGCUGGCUUCCAGGAAUUACGAGAGCUUUACCUCGCCGAUGUUGGUGCCUUUUAUCUGGAUAAUACUAAGGGUAUCGGUUUGCCGUCACUAGAAUUGUUAGAUUUAUCCAAAAAUAAUCUCAUCCCGUCUGAUUUACGACUGGAGCAUCUAUACGAAUUCAAUGCUUUGCAGACGCUUAAAUUCAACGAUAAUAACAUGGCUCAGCUAGAUUAUGGUCAACUGCCAGAUUUAAAGGCACUGAAAAAGGUUUACAUCAACGGAAACAAUUUCCCAUGCUCCACAUUGAAAGUCAUGCUUCAGUUUUUACACGAACACAAUAUCGAAACACCACCUGAGCGAAACAGCAACUGCCAAUCCCACCAGCAAGAAGUCGAAAACAUGUGCUGUAAAUAUGUACCAUCACCUCCUAUCUAUCCAAAACCAACUGAGAGACCUUCGACGGCUACCUCGACAGUUCCCAACGGCGCCGAAGACCCCCGCAUCGACCAGAGACCCGCUGCUGACGGCGAGGGUGGCAAUGGAUUCCUUUGGGGCAUUAUUGCCAUUGGAAUUGUAGCUGUGAUCGCGGCCGCAGUGGCCGGUUAUUUCGUUUACCGGAAACGAUCUAGAAGGCAUUAGAAUUUAUAAAUUACUCUGGUUGCGUUUUUUUUUUCUGAAAAUAAGUAAAGAAGUUACUAUUUAUGCAAACAGUCAUAAUGAUUUGCAGAGCGAAAGAUGUAAGAUCAGGCUGAAUUAUUAAUGUUAAAAGUGAAUUGAGUAAAUAUAAGCAUGUAAUGCUAAUUCGCUGAGAAAUAAAAUGACAAAACUGGUUGAAUA